CCAGAGGAAGGUAGGAAGGAAAAAAACUGAAUGACUAAUCUGUUGGCCAACAUAAACAAACUAUUGUUUACAUAAAUAUUUAACAUUCAUACGGUCAUGUCCAUCGAAGAUUAUGAAAUAGUUUGCUACUUCAGAAAAUGUCUCCAAAGUAAUUUUGUAAAUAUAUUUUGAAAAGGUACAAUAUCCAGUUACAGCCCCUGCAUUCAUACAGCUACCAUGACACUUAAUGGUCAAUAUUACAACAACAACAGAAAUUCUGAGCUCAGAAACUAAUUUCCUUCACUACAUGGCGUGAUAACAUUAAACAGCACGAUGCUGCUUUCCCCAAUGCUUACUGGAAUAUAAAUGGGCAUGGCCAAAUUAUACCCACCCAACAGCCUCUGCCUGCAUGGUUGUGCUCACACUUUCCUUUGACAUAAACCAGCAAGGCAGGGACACCUGCCAGCUCCCUCCUACUCUCCAAACCACUGACGUUGUGAUCUGAAGUGCACUGCUACAUUCUCUACAGUCUGUUGAGGUUGUUCACACAUUCAGGAGGGGCAGACAUUUAUGGGCUUUUUGUUUCCUCAUUCUGAGUGUUAAUGAUGAACAGAUACGAUUUAAGAAAAAGACUUAUUUCAUAGAUGACAAGUAAGACUGACAUUAAUCCACUUCAGCUGGUCAGUUAGCAUUACAAUUCACAGAGGCUCUUGUCAAUGGUUCUUGUCAGCCACUCACUAACAUGAGGGGACCAGCUUAAACAAUUACCCAGAUUGCCUUUCAAGGACACACAGCCAACUAGCCUCUGGAAGAUUGCACCUCUUUGAGGUGCCCUUGAACGCCGUCACUAGGCUUUUCAAUGGAGCGGGAAUGUGAAGACCAGUAAAGGACUUCAGAAGAGAUGGGCAUGUGUCAAUCCGAAAAAGGGACAUGGAAAAACUCACAACCGAGGUCAUGCAGCUUCGAGAGUUUCUGCCCAAAGUAAUCAACGGGGACCUGCUUGACACACUACACAAAGCACGACAAAUAGAAACACAGAGGGAACGGCUGGAGCAGGAGCAGGAACAGCAGAGACAGGACUGCCUUCACCUCCGCUCCCGUCUAGAGAUUGCCCAGAGCGAGUGUCAAAGAGAGAGGGAGGAGAAGCUGGUGCUGCGUGAACAGCUUUGGGAGUGCAGAGAGCAGCUGCAGCAGCAGGCCGAGUUCUGCACCGGUCUGGGUGCUGCCUCCUGCACCCUGCUCUGGAGCGCCUCCAGCAAGGAGGAAGCUGUCAGGGACAUCUUGGCUGAUGGUAAGCUGGAGCCGUUUCUGAGUGUGGCAGGUCAGACUCUGGAGAGCUUUGUGAAGUCACUGGACCAGGACUCCAAGCUGCCCCAGCAGGACUCCAACUCCCAUGAGCACCAGUUUGUCCUUGCUCUUGCUGGAGUCGUCACCAACUUGGCAGCUGUGACGUGUGGGCGGGACUUCCUGUCGAGCUCGGCUCAUAUCUUGCUGGAUACACUAAUGGAGUUGCUGGGGCUGAUCAAGCCAGGGGUGUUUCCCAAACUAAAAGUGUUAAUGCUGAUGGCCCUGUAUAACGUGAGCAUCAGUGUGAAGGGCCUGAAGUACAUCAGUGGAAACCCGGCACUGCUCCCUCUUAUCUGGACCCUACUGGAAGAGAUGGCCCUGCGCACUGCUCUGACGUCAAAGCUGCAGAAUUCACGUGCAGUGGGGGAAAGCUGGAUUAAGGCCAUGUCUGUCGACAGUGACUCGGACGUGUGCCUCCACGCCCUGCGGCUCCUCCAGUCUCUACUCCUGGAGGAGGAGGUGCUGGCCCACGUGGCCUCCAACCUGCUGUCCUCCCUCCCACUGGGGCGGAUCCGCCAGCUCGCCGCCAGCCGCCACCUGGGCCUGCGCCAGACCGCUCAGGAGACGCUGGAGGACCUGGGGCCCCUUGGCCCCUCUGCCCAGGAACCUGAGAAGACUCCCAACAAGGACCACACUCCCUUCUUGGCCAAGAAAAGACAGCAAGUAGCAAAGUACUAAUGGCAUGUGUGGAUGCAGUAUGGGUUAAGCCCAAACAGACGGAACCAAAGAGAUUCUUCCAGACACAUCCAGCUGCAGCUGCACUGUAGAAGUUGUUCUUAGUUUGUGAUCAUUGUUUCCCCAAACCCAUAUUCUGUUUUUUUUUUGGUUGUUGUUGUUGAUUAAUAACUCCAACAAAGAUGGUUUGUUCACACACUAUAUUGUUGUUGCCAAAUCUGUAGGUUGUUGAGUAUUAAUGUAAUGUCUCCUAUCAAUACUAGGUUUGAAUAAAGACGGUACAUAGUUUUGCAAUAACUCAAUAAGAGCUUUGCUUCCGUUAAUGUAGGUAAACCAUCCAUACAUUUGUACUCAUCCAGCACAUUAACCAUUUUAAAGUCCCUUUAGGUUGUCCAGCAUAUUUGAGUACCCUAGUAAAUCUUAUUUAUGAUAUUCCAAUUUAGAUUCAUUACAGUUUGAAUUGUGUAAAGCAUGCUGAAUUCCUCAAAUUAAUCAAUCUGAUUCUCUAAAGUCUAAAAUACAAACUGUAUCAAAAUGGUGCGUCCAAAAGUGUGAGAGCAGGGCCACUGGGAGAUACGUUCCCUUAACGCUCAAGUCCUUAACACUCAAGUCCAGUCUCAUUUACUCCGGUUAUCUGCUAGGGACAAUCAAUCCGGAGUGUGAACGUGAUGACAACACGGCUAUAUUCUGUAUCUGGUUGUACUCAAGGCCUGUUUUUUCUGAUUUUAAUAUAUUUACUCAGAGCUAAAGCCAGCUCGCAUGGUGGAAUGGGACUACUUUCCCAGAAACUUGGCAUUAGUUGACCUUUUUUAUUAUGCACUAUAGUCUGGAGAAUUAUUAUUAUAAUCUUUUUUUAAAUUUUUUUUUUUUAUUCUGGUACAUUUUUGACCAAGACAGAAUUCUGGGAAGUAUCGGUGUUUAGACACACCCACAUGAUGUAGGACUUGAGCAGCUGUAACAUUCAAGUCAUGUCAUGUCAUUCGAACUGGAAAAAUACUGACCCUAACAGGAACUGAAAUACGAGUCUUUCCAAGAAAUGUAAAUCCAGUUCAUUCACUCUAGCAGCUGGAUUUAAAUAGAAAUUUUCCGGACAAUCCCUAUCUUUUUAACACUCCCACAGAAAUGUGCCUACGUCACGCAGAGGCCUGUAUGACAUUUAUGGGGAGAUUUAAAAUACAUUGAAAUUUGACAGGAAUGCUUCUGCCCUUUUGAUGGAAGAAUUAUGGUACCUAACCCCAGUAAAACAAAACGUCUUGCGUUAUUCUCAUGUUCUCUGUGAUUCAUCAUUGGUGGCUGAAUUACACUGGAAAGUGCUCAGUCACUGUGAACAAAUAUAUAAGCAAUCUGGCCUAGGUUCAUUUUUUGUUGUUGAUAGCACCACUUUUGAGUAAGAGUGGGGGGGACAGGGGCACAAGUAUAGUCUAGUCUUCACUGGCCUGUUGCCUACUGCAGUGUUAUUCAGAGGAAACACAAUGCCUCUUUGUCUGUGUCCACAUGCUGUCUGUUGUACAACCCUGCACUGUCUAAGUUUUGCACAGAGCCAAAAUCUUUGCACGGAAAUGGUACUUGUUCCUCAAAGGAACUCGAAGAAACAAAAUUAACGAUUGUAUUAAGACAAAUUUCAAGAACUGUUUUGUUGUUAUGAAAAGGGCUCUGUCAAUAAAAGAAUAUUCAAAUCAAAGACAAACAACCCCAAGUAAAUGUUUGACGUAACACUGUGCGUAACACUGUGCGUAACACUGUGCGGACAGAGGCUUUCACAAUCACCUUUCCCUCCAUCCAGUAAGACAAGGUGACAUGAGGUCAUGACCUUUGGCAUGAUCUGCCUCCCUCAUGUGACUCCCAGUGUAUCACAGUCGUGGGUUUAAGAGAAAAUAAAUGAGUCUUGACAUUCCUCACUAUGCUUCUCACAUUUAAUAAAAACAUAUAAUGCCAUAUAUAUUAACAACUACAUAUUUAGUGAAUAAUAAAUGUGUACAAUUAAACAUGUGGCAUUAAAACGUGCAUGUAUUCCUACUACUAAAAAAGUGCCGAUCUGUACGAUUGGUUGCCUGUGGUACAAUGGUUUGCCUGUGUCCAAAGAAGAUAGCCUACCUUAAUAGGCCGACUAAAACUUUCAGUCUUUACAAGAAUAUGUUCUAAAUAACUUGUACAUUCAAACAAAUAAUCCAUUUACGUUGUGACCAACAAGCGCAGAAUAAACUGAAUGUAACAUCUGUUGGAUUUUGUCUGCUUCAUGAUUAGAAAAUGAGAACCAAAUCGGAGAGACACUAUGAGGGAAGAGAUUGGCGAGGGAUGACGCAGAUAUUGUGGUGAGCCUCACCAAAGACCACGUAAAUAAGACCUUAAGAGAAUUGAUAAUCUGUUUUGACUCCCCUGGUUGAUAACUGUGACCUUCACCUAACCUGUUUACCUGCACAUUCCUGCCUUAGAUUAAACGAAUUGAAAUAAAUGUCACUGCAAUGCGUGUGCAUGAAAGAGCAAGAUAGGCUACAUAGAUGCUUUAGUGAUUCAAAGAUUUUUCACGACUUCGAUUUGUUUGGACCUACAGUGCACACAUGUUCAACUUGUUUAUUUACUCACGUCAUUCCAUGUGCACGUUGCCUGGUAACCUGACUUUACCCCCGGCCCGCUAGUCAGUGGUCCUUUAGCGCUCCCACAGCUAUUGUCAGCACGAGACACUGACGCCAGAGUGACGUUAAUGAAUGGGGAAUCAAUUUGUUACCAUAUAUAGUCAGGUGGCUUAAUGCA